AUGGUGCAUCUGUCCGCUAGCUCUCUGCUAUUGGCGGCUGGUGUCCUGUCAAAGCUCGCAUUCGGAGCUGGCUUGGACACUGCCGCGGUGGCUAUUGGCAAGCUCUAUUUUGGAACUGCCACUGAUAAUCCCGAAUUGACGGACACUGCCUAUGUCACGCAGCUCAACAAUACCAACGACUUUGGCCAAAUCACCCCCGGAAAUUCACAAAAGUGGGAUGCAACGGAGCCAUCGCAAAACACCUUCACAUUCACCAACGGAGAUACCGUUGCUAAACUGGCGGAGGCCAAUGGUCAGAAGCUGCGAUGCCACAACUUGGUGUGGCACAGCCAGCUCCCUAGCUGGGUUACCAGUGGCACCUGGACCAAUGCGACACUGGUUGCAGCUUUGAAGAAUCAUAUUACCAACGUCGUUACCCAUUACAAAGGGCAGUGCUACGCCUGGGACGUUGUGAAUGAAGCUCUCAAUGAGGAUGGAACGUACCGCACGAGUCUGUGGUACCAGACCAUUGGAGAAGCCUAUAUCCCAAUCGCAUUCGCAACCGCCGCGGCCGCCGAUCCAAGUGUCAAACUCUACUACAACGACUACAACAUCGAAUACUCCGGCUCCAAGGCCACCGGUGCACUCAAAAUUGUCAAGCUUAUCAAGUCCUACGGAGUCAAGAUCGACGGAGUCGGCCUGCAAGCUCACUUCAUUGUCGGUAGCACCCCAAGCAGGAGCAACCAGGCCAGCACAAUGGCCUCAUACACCGCUCUGGGCGUGGAAGUUGCCAUUACCGAGCUCGAUAUCCGAAUGACACUCCCCGCCACCGAUGCUCUGCUCGCCCAGCAGUCGACGGACUACAGCAACACUGUUGGCGCCUGUGUGGACACCAGCGGCUGUGUGGGCGUCACCAUCUGGGACUGGACUGACAAGUACUCCUGGGUUCCGAGCACUUUCUCGGGACAAGGCGCUGCCUGCCCUUGGGAUGAGAACUACGCAAAGAAACCUGCGUACACCGGGAUUCUGACUGCCCUGGGGGGAACGGCCACCGCCACGUCGACAACUACUUCCACGACUAGUAAAAGCACUACCACCACGACUACUUCUAGCACCAGCACGUCUACGGCCGUUGCUGCGCACUGGGGUCAGUGUGGUGGCUCUGGGUGGACUGGUCCCACGGUGUGUGCGAGUGGAUAUACCUGCACCUACUCUAACGCCUGGUACUCUCAGUGUCUCUAG